AACAUAUCAUACCGUUGUAGAAACAGCAAGACGGCGACUUUAUUGAAGUUGUAGCGCGAUGUGCAAAAUUGUGUAAGCGCAACGGCGUAUUAUGUGACAACGCCUUUUGUAAAUUGCUUUAUGUUUGGUUGACUGUACUUUGUUUAACGUCCCGCUCAAGAAUUUUUCACUCAUAUGGGGACGUCACCAUUUCCGGUGAAGUUCUGCACAAAUUAGGGGUGGCGAUUCGCUAAAUUGCGCUUUCGCAAAUGGCCCUAUCGGGAACUCAUAGACGAACAUGAAGGUAGCCGUGAUAGGUGGAGGAUGUUGCGGCCUGACGUCUGUUAAGGCCUGUUUAGAAUAUGGAAUGGAACCAGUGUGCUUUGAACGAACGGAUGACAUCUGUGGUCUAUGGAGAUUUACAGAGGGAAAUAUUGAGGGGAAAGGGUCCGUCGCUAAAUCUACCCUCAUCAAGACCAGUAAAGAAAUGUCGGCCUUCAGUGAUUUUCCGCCGCCACCGGAGUUUCCUGUGUACAUGCAUCAGGAAUAUGUCUGCAAAUACUUUAGACUCUAUGCAGAUAACUUUGAUUUGAAGAAACAUGUUCGUUUCAACACAGAAGUUGAGAGAAUUUCCAAGGCGGAUGAUUUUGUGGAAAAUGGGAGAUGGAAACUAAAAAUUAAGGAGGCGGGGGCCGUGACCGAGGAGAUCUAUGAUGCAGUGAUGGUGUGUACCGGCCAUCACGCGUACAAGCACUAUGUUAAAUUUCCAGGAAUGGACUUAUUUAAAGGAGAGGUAGUCCACACGCAUGACUACAAAUAUUCUGCUCCAUAUAAAAACAAAACUGCUGUUGUAGUAGGAGUAGGAAAUUCCGGAUGUGACGCAGCCGUCGAUCUCUGUCACGUGACGUCCCCGGUGUAUUUGAGCACUAGACGAGGAGCAUGGGUACAAAAGAACAUUGGUCGAAAUGGCCUUCCGGGAGAUUUUGUAGAAACACGCUGGAGGAAGUUUUGGGCAUCAGUCUUACCCCAGUCGUGGAUAGAUUCCAUCGAAGAAUAUAAAGUCAAUAAAAAUUUUGAUCACAAGACAUAUUCAAUAAAGCCAAAGCACAGGAUUUCUGGUCAGCAUCCCUCUCUGAAUGACGACUUGCCUCUCCGGCUGGCCUCAGGCACUGUGAAACUUAAACCAAACAUAAGGCGCUUCACCGAGACUGGGGUGGAAUUUGAUGACGGAAGCUGUCUAGAAAACGUAGAUGUAGUGAUUCUAGCCACAGGGUACGAUUAUGGUUAUCCUUUCAUUGACAAAGACGUGGUGGACAUCAGAGAAAACGUAAUAGACUUUUAUCUAUACGAAUUUCUACCAGACCUAGAGAAGCAGACGAUGGCUUUCAUUGGCUGUUAUCAGCCCACCGGUGCUAUAAUGCCCAUCGCUGAAAUGCAGUGUCGCUAUGCCAUGCAAGUCUUCAAGGGAGAGAAGAUACUUCCUAACCCGGAUAAGAUGUGGGGGGAUAUACAGAGACGGAGGACAGCUAUGAAGAACAGAUACGUUAACACACAGCGACACACCAUCCAAGUGGACUACGUCCCAUUCCUGGAUGAGAUGGCAGUAAAAGUGGGAUGCAAACCCAACCUCUUAAAGUUCGCGCUGACUGACCCGGUGUUUUUCCUGAAGUUAGUAUUUGGACCAUGCACUGCCUACCAGUUCAGACUGAGUGGACCGCAUCCCUGGAGAGGGGCCCGAGAAGCCAUAGAGAACCAGUGGGACAGAACCAGGAGGGCCACGAUGGUCAGGGAUCCCCCUGUAGCGAGGAGCGGUCACUCUGGCUUGUACGCUCUGGCUGUCCUGGCUCUGCUGUUGGUUGUCAUUAUUUCUAUGUUGUACAGAUAGAAAUAUUCUUAUGAGGAUGUGAUGAAACAACACACGUUAACACCUCUUAACUGAUUUUCAUUUUCAGUUAAUCAUAUUCUAUAAUGAUAGAUAUUUGGAAAUGAAAUAAUUUUCUCAGUUAGAAUUCAUUCGUAAUAGUACAUAACACAUCAGAUAAACUGGCUGAGGAACAAUGAUACUUUUUCCCUUCUUUUGAACACCUCAUAGUAUAUUCAUGUCACAAUAUUUGUAAUAAAGGUUAAUAAACAUA